UCCAUUUAUUUGAUUAUUUCCUGUCCUUUGUUCAAGCCGACAAGGGACGGCCGAUAGGCGUGGCAAGGAGAGGCGGCGACGAGAGAGGCGGGCUCGUUUCACCAAUCCGAGCCCGUGGCCAUGGAUCCCAUCAUGAAGCUCCUCGAGGACGACGAAGAGGACGAGAGCAUGCACUCGGGCGCCGACGUCGAGGCCUUCACGGCGGCGCUGAACCGCGAAGUGGAGGGCAGCGCCAGCAGCUGCGCCGCCGGCUCCUCCUCCAAGACGCUGGAUCACGGCGCCGGUACAUUACCUCAGGAAAGCAACCCAGUAGUAAACCACAGUCAUGGACUGUGGCAAAAUUCAGUGAAGAAUGACACUGGAAAUCAGGAGAGCCAGCAACAGGAACAAAAACAUUUAUAUUGUAAAAAUGAGCAGUCAUCCGUACCCGAAGCAGUUCCCGUAGGUGCAGAUAACAAACACCUUCACUCGAGUACUCAGAAUGAAUGUGACCAGCUAAAGGUUAAGCAAGAGACAGGAAACAAUGCUCAGCAAACUAGUGUUGGUCAGCAGCAACCUUUGCAACAAAUGAAGAGUCAACAAUCACCCGGCACAAACCUAACCAACAGUCCAACUACGGUGGGAAAAGCUCCUGUUGUUACAUUUCAUAUGCUAAUCCCGAUUUUGAGACGCUUCCUUGACAAAGACAAGGAUAUACAAGUUCAGUCCAUUUUUGCAAAGUUGCGGAAAAAUGAGGUCAGCAAGGAACACUUUUUAAAGGUUAUUAGGACAAUUGUUGGUGAUAAAUUGCUCAAGCAAGCUGCUUCGCAAUAUCAAAUGCAGGCUGCUCAGGCACAACGGAGUGCACAGGCAAAUCCAAGCAACCUUUCUUUGUUAGGUCAAGUUUCAGGCCAGCAAAAUGAGAACCCAAGACCACCUCAAUUUCGUUCUUCAUCAGGGCAAAUGCAGAGUAACAUGGAUUAUCCAGCUUCAGAAAGGAAUUUGCAGAAGCCUAACGAAACUGGUAACAUGUCAGAUAGGAAAGGAGUGCAUAUGCUACAAAGCCGUCCAUCUAACAUCCACCCAGUCUCGGUGCAAGCAACACAACAUCAUGUGCAGCGUCCACAGACAUCGUUGCCAGUGUAUGGGGUAAAUAAUAUUCAUGCCCGUCCAUUUCCCACAUCAGUUGGAGGUCCGACUGCACCAUUUAGACCACACAUGGCAGAUUCCAGUCAAAGAGGACAAUUAGUCCAGGGAGGUGUUACAACUGUCUCCGGGAGUGUGGCCCCACGACCAGCAUUGCAAAAUAAUCAACCGUCACGGCAACAACCAGCAAACAAGAACCAGAAGAGUAAUUCUUUCACCCCAGCAGUACAUAUGAACAACGAAGCUUCUAACCAACCCUCUGAAUCCACACAGAGUUCUUUUGCUGCCUCGAAUGCAAAACAACUCAAUCCAACCCUUUUAUCUUCAAAGGGUGGUGGUGUUCUUGAAAACCAAGCAUCUAUGACCACUUCUAAGUCUUUGACUACAGCAACCUCAAGUCAACCUCAUCGAUCUCAUGGAACUGCGGCAGAACUUGCCAUCCAGAUCCAAUCUGGUACCCAAGCACCUCCUUCUGGAGCAGCUUCCAAAACACCUCAAAAGAAGCCAUCUGCCGGACAGAAGAAACCUUUGGAAGCAAUUGGCUCAUCCCCACCACCAUCUAGCAAAAAGCAGAAGGGAUCUGGCGGUUUCCAUGAUCAAAGCAUUGACCAGCUGAAUGAUGUUACUGCAGUUAGUGGUGUUAACCUGAGGGAAGAAGAGGAGCAACUUUUUUCUGCCCCAAAGGAUGAGAGUCGAGUUUCAGAAGCUGCUCGGAAAGUUGUACAACUGGAAGAAGAAAGGCUCAUCCUACAGAAGGGACCUCUGACAAAGAAAUUAGCAGAGCUCAUGAGGAGAUAUGAUCUGAAGAGCAUAGGCAGUGAUGUGGAGCGUUGUCUAUCAAUGUGCGUUGAGGAGCGGUUACGAGGAUUUAUAAGCAAUAUAAUAAGGCUUUCAAAACAGAGGGUUGAUGUUGAAAAAUCAAGACAUCAGUUUUAUCCUUUAUCUUCUGAUGUUCGUAGUCAUAUAUUGAGGGUGAACCGGGAAGCUAGAGAACAGUGGGAGAGAAAGCUGGCUGAAGAUGCCGACAGAAUCAGGAAACAAAGUGACGGAGAUGAUACUGCAGCUGUUUCUUCAGAGAAGGAUAAAAACGAGGGUCGUGGCACAUCAAAGCAUGCUAAGGCUUACAAGGAGGAAGAUGAUAAAAUGAGAACAACAGCUGCAAAUGCUGCCGUGCGAGUUGCAGCCGGGGGGGAUGACAUGCUUUCAAAGUGGCAAUUACUAGCUGAACGACAUAAACAGAGAGGUGAAGUAGGUGAUGGUUCUUCCAGCUCCCUGCCAGGUACCAUGUCGCCUAACAAGCCAUCACCAAAACCUGGAAAAGGCUCAAGAGGACAGCAGGAAACUGAAAAGCGAGGCUGUUUUUCAGUGCUUGGACCUGGCGGCGUUAGAAGGUCAGCACACGUGAAAGUGGCACGGAGCAUCACGGUCAAGGAUGUGGUUGCAGCACUAGAGAGAGAGCAUCAGAUGUCGAAAUCGCCUUUACUAUUUCGGCUACAUGGAAGACCGCUCACAGAACCCGCUGCUAAAUAGUUUUUGCUGUCCGAAUUUCAAUUUUGUUAUGCUGCCAAAUAGUUAUUGCUGUCCGAAUUUCAAUUUUGUUAUGCUGCCAAAUAGUUAAUGCUGUCUGAAUGCCAAUUUUGUUAUGUUGCCUGUCCUUCAUGUUUUCUUAGCCAACCUGAGAUGCAUCUUCUCUAAGGAGUAGAGUGAUAUGGAAGAGGUCAUUUGCCAGGCAUGUAGAAACCAAUAGUGAUCCUACAUUUUGUUUUUCUCUUUAUUUUUCUAAUCUUGUGAUAGCUUUCGAUUUCAGCAA